AUGAAGUUCUUGAAGACGUCGCGAGUCUGCCUCGUUACCCGGGGUCGUUAUGCCGGCAAGAAGGUCGUCAUCAUCCAGCCCGUUGACAACGGCUCCAAGACCCACCCCUACGGCCACGCCAUUGUUGCCGGUAUCGAGAGAUACCCCAGCAAGAUCACUCGCCGUAUGAGCAAGACCCGCCAGGAGAAGCGCUCCAAGGUCAAGCCCUUCAUCAAGGUCAUCAACUACAACCACUUGAUGCCCACCCGCUACACCCUCGAGCUUGAGGGUCUCAAGGGCUCCGUCUCCGCCGAGACCUUCAAGGAGGUUUCCCAGCGCGAGGAUGCCAAGAAGACCGUCAAGAAGGUUCUCGAGGAGCGUUACACCUCCGGCAAGAACAGGUGGUUCUUCACCCCUCUCCGUUUCUAA